AUGGUACUUCAGGAAAACGAAGAAUAUGUAUCUUAUAUUCUUGGACUAAGUUUAGCAAUAUCAUCGAGUGUAUUUAUCGGAUCUAGUUUUAUAAUAAAAAAGGUAGCAUUAAAAAGAGUAUCAUUAGAAAAAAAUUUAAGGGCCUCUUCAGGUGGUUACUCUUAUCUUAAGCAAUGGUUGUGGUGGAUAGGACUUUUAACAAUGGGAAUUGGAGAGGCUGCAAAUCUACUAGCCUAUGCUUUCGUACCUGCAGCCUUAGUUACACCACUUGGUGCCUUAAGCAUUUUUGUUACCGCAGUAUUAUCUUCAAAGUUUCUUGAUGAGCAUCUUUAUAGCAUUGGAAAGAAUGCAAUGCUUCCCCGUCGUCGUAACGUUGGCGUGCCUGAACAUGCAUCUCAUUUUCAAGAAGUAAUUCCUUAUAGUAAAUUGGAUAAGAAAGGGUCACAUUUUGUGUCAAGUUCAUCUUUAGCUGGCCAAUCUGUCGACAGCGUAUACUAUCAAGACGGUGUUUUUGAUUUCUUAGAAGAGUUUACAUUUGAACCAGUGAUGGCUGCAAGAGAUAGAACACAAGAGUUUGCAUCAGCUGUGCGCAGUCUUCAAGGCAGAACUUUAGUUAGACCAAUUGUGAAAGAUGAAAGAAAAGCUGCUGUCAUAGCAACAUAUUCCCAGUUUAUGAGUAUGGCUAAGGUUAUAAGUAAAAACAUAACAAGUACCUAUGCUAAACUAGAGAAGUUGGCUUUACUUGCAAAGAAGAAAUCUCUGUUUGAUGAUAGACCAACGGAAAUACAAGAACUAACCUACAUUAUAAAAGGAGAUCUUAACUCCUUAAACCAACAGAUUGCUAAAUUGGGUGAGAUGCCAAGAGGACGUAGAAGCAUGCAUAGCCAUUCCUCGAGUGUUGUAUUGGCCUUACAGUCAAGACUGGCAUCAAUGAGUAAUCAAUUUAAGCAGGUGUUGGAAGUGAGAUCAGAGAACUUAAAAUAUCAGAAUACUAGACGAGAACAGUUUUCAAAUUCUGCACCUAUUGUAAAAGAAAUUCCAUCUCUAUUACAACCAGAUGAAGUAAGCAUUGAUUUGGGAGAUGCAUUAACUAUGCAAACACAACAGAUGGCCUUGAGAGAUGACAGUGACACAUAUGUUCAGCAAAGAGCAGAAACAAUGCAUAACAUUGAGAGCACUAUAGUAGAACUAGGAGGAAUAUUUCAACAACUGGCGCACAUGGUAAAGGAACAAGAUGAAGCUAUUGGACGUAUUGAUACUAAUAUUGCAGAGGCCGAAAUGAAUGUUGAAGCAGGCCAUAGGGAAAUAAUGAAAUAUUUUCAAAAUGUUACUGGGAAUAGAGCACUGAUGUUUAAAGUGUUUGGUGUACUGAUAUUUUUCUUUAUUUUCUUUGUUGUAUUCCUGGCUUAA